AUGGACAUCCCGCGGCCACCAUGCGCCCUCCUCGUACUACUUUUGUUGUUCUUCACACACGUUACAGAAUGCAUGAGUGGCGGGAAGAUAAACUUCAGGGAGAAAGAAAAGCAGAUCCUCGAUCAGAUCCUGGGUCCGGGUCGGUACGACGCCAGGAUCCGACCUUCUGGAAUCAACGGCACUGAUGGACCAGCGGUAGUGAGCGUGAAUAUAUUUGUCCGAAGUAUAUCAAAGAUCGAUGACGUCACAAUGGAAUACUCUGUUCAGCUGACGUUCAGGGAACAGUGGUUAGAUGAACGGCUCAAAUUUAAUAAUUUGGGAGGCCGUCUCAAGUACCUGACCUUGACGGAAGCAAACAGAGUAUGGAUGCCGGAUCUGUUCUUCUCCAACGAGAAGGAAGGUCAUUUCCACAACAUCAUCAUGCCAAACGUCUACAUCCGUAUCUUCCCAAACGGCAAUGUGCUGUACAGCAUCCGAAUUUCCCUCACAUUGUCGUGCCCCAUGAAUCUGAAGUUAUACCCUCUGGAUAAACAAACCUGCUCACUGAGGAUGGCCAGCUAUGGCUGGACGACUGACGACUUGGUGUUCCUGUGGAAAGAAGGUGACCCAGUCCAGGUUGUGAAAAAUCUCCACCUGCCUCGUUUCACUCUGGAGAAGUUCCUUACUGACUACUGUAACAGCAAAACUAAUACCGGUGAAUACAGUUGCUUGAAGGUAGACCUGCUGUUCAAGCGCGAGUUCAGUUACUACCUCAUCCAGAUUUACAUUCCAUGCUGCAUGCUGGUCAUCGUGUCGUGGGUGUCCUUCUGGCUGGACCAGGGAGCAGUGCCUGCUAGAGUUUCAUUAGGAGUGACGACCCUACUGACGAUGGCAACGCAAUCAUCAGGGAUAAACGCGUCCCUCCCUCCCGUGUCCUACACAAAGGCUAUAGACGUCUGGACAGGUGUUUGCCUAACCUUCGUCUUUGGGGCGCUGUUAGAAUUCGCUUUAGUGAACUAUGCGUCUCGCUCUGAUAUGCAUAGAGAAAAUAUGAAGAAAAAUAAAAAGGACUUGGGGAUAGACCCGCAGGCAAAUAUUGAUGCGGCGUCAGACAUGAUGGAUACAGACAGCAAUACCACUUUUGCUAUGAAACCAUUGAUGCGGACGACCACCGUGUGUCAUGGAAAUGACCAUCAGAUGUCCGGUCGCUGUGAAGUUCACAUCACCCCACAGAAGAACUGCUGCCGCCUGUGGAUGUCUAAGUUCCCCACCAGGUCGAAGAGAAUCGACGUCAUCUCUCGAAUCACUUUCCCGCUCGUGUUCGCUCUCUUUAACUUGGCUUACUGGUCGACGUACCUUUUCCGCGACGAAGACGAGGAGAAGUGA